AAAAAAAAAACCUAAAUGCUGAGAUGAAACUGGCAACUGUAGUUCUUCAAUACACUAAUACACAAUAUUGCUAAGGUAAACUGGAUAAAAAGUACACAGAAACUCACUGAAAAACUCUAUGUGAAUAUAUAAGUAUUACAAAAUAAAAAACUUAAUUCAAAAUCUGAAACAAAAAAGCAUUUUUAUAAACAGAGAACACAGCCACCACCGUAACCUCAUCCUUCCCCACACACAUCUAAACUCCAGGCCCUGCCUGGUAAGGCCAGCUUAUCUUCCAUUCUACCAAAAGCUACUUGCACAUUCAAUACAAUCCCAAUCAAUAUCUCUAUCUCAUUCUUCACAGAAAUACACAAAAGACUAUCUGAAAUUCAUAUGAAAUUAGACCCUAGAUAGCCAAAGCGGCCUGAGCAAAAUGACUACUGUUGGACAGAUUACCAUUCCAGAUUUCAAAUUAUAUGAAAGCAACAGUAAUAACAACAGUAUGGUAGGGACAUAAAAACUGACAACAGACCAAAGGAACAAAAUUUCAAUUUUCCAGAUACAAAUUGCCAAAUGUUUAUUACUUUCUUUCUUCCAAAACUACAGGGGGAAGGGUAAUGUGGGGGACAGGGAGGGGUGAAGAACUCCUGGAGGGGGAACCAGGAAGAGGGAGCAACAUUUUGAAUGUAAAUAAAUAAGACAAUUUUUAAAAACUACAAGUUUAAAAAAAAAAAAAAAAAAAGCCAGGCAGUAGUGGCCCCAGCACUUGGGAGGCAGAGGUGGGCGGAUUUCUGAGUUUGAGGCCAGCCUGGUCUACAGAGUGAGUUCCAGGACAGCCAGGGCUACUCAGAGAAACCCUGUCUCGAAAAACCAAAAUAAAUAAAUAAAAUAAAAUAAAAAAUAAAUAUAAACUACAAGUAACUUUUACAUGUAAGAGUCAGUUAAAUUCAACUGGAUCUCUGAUAAAUUAACUGUCUUAUAACAAGAGUAUUAUCAUUCCUCACUCCAAUCUCUAAUAUCAAUGCUGCCAUUCCUUUCAUUUAAUACACAUCACUGCAUCUGUUAUUGAUACUUUUAGCAAUAAUGAUAGAUCAAAGUCAUUACACAUUUGUCAGAACCCACGGAACAACAUAAAGAGCAAAGAUGUGGCUUUGGUUAGUAACAAUGUAUCAGUAUUAGCUUAAUUGCAAGGAAUGUGUCACAUGAAUACAAGCUGGUACAUAGGAAAUAAAAAGAUAGCAUGGUACUUAAACUAAUAGCAACUUUUUUUUUUUGCAAGCCUGAUACUACACAAAGAGCUUAGGUAUACUUAGAAAAACAAAAAUCUGAAACCAUGUUGCAGAACUGAAUACUGCUUUAAGAUAAACUGCUCUAUGGAAUUUACUGGCUCAAAUAUUAAUACUAAUAUUUCUUGUAAAUUGAACUGUAUUCAAGUUAUUUCAAAAUUUUAAAGCCGGGCGUGGUGGCGCACGCCUUUAAUCCCAGCACUCGGGAGGCAGAGGCAGGUGGAUCUCUUGAGUUCAAGGCCAGCCUGGUCUACAAAGUGAGUUCCAGGACAGCCAGGGCUAUACAGAGAAACCCUGUCUCGAAAAACCUAAAUAAAUAAAUAAAUAAAUGCCAUAUGAUAAACUGGCAUUCACCAAAAAGGAAAAAAAAAAGAUUUAUUUGUCCAUAACUUCCUGACUUAUGUGAACCCAAACACUUUUCUCUAAUGCUUAUUUAAAUCUUUAGAGAUUAGCACUAUGCUAAAGAAAUCAGAUAUGUCGAACAUACUUUUAAAAAACACUAAUGUAAGAGUGAAAGCAGCAGAUUUGGAAAAGCUGGAUUUAUAUUUCUAAUCUCACUCAAUGUCACUGAGAAACUAAAAGUCCUCCAGCAUGGCACUGCACUCACAGUUUCUUUGUUAAUCAAAGGAGAAAGGAAAAGGCUUAUUCAACCUAAACUAGUUCCAAGUCAGUAAUGAUGAGACAGGAAAAUAUGACAUCCUAAGAAACAUGCCUUCUGUAUACAAAUUACCUAAGAAAUACAUUAGGAGAAAGUUAACAUCAUGGUCAAGAAAACAUGUAAUUGACAGAAAUUAAUUCUAAAGUGUAACUAAUAAACCAAGGUCCUUUGUGAAAUACUACGUAAACUACACUAAGAAGUGGCAUUUAUAUAAAGAUCAAAUAAAGGACUGAAAUAACUGUCCUUUGAUGAUUUACUAAAUUACUAAAGAGUUGAAAUAAAUGUUUAUAGACAAUUAAUGUGGUUUUGUUUUGUUUUGUUUUUAAGAGAGUAAGAUUCAGCUGGGUGGUGGUAGCGCACACCUUUAGUCCCAGCACUGGGGGGGGCAGAGGCAGGUGGAUUUCUGAGUUCAAGGCCAGCCUGGUCUACAGAGUGAGUUCCAGGACAGCCAGGGCUACACAGAGAAACCCUGUCUCGAAAACAAACAAACAAAAAGAUAACAACUGUUUUGUUAGCAUGUGUAUUAAAUUAAAUCAUAAAAUAUUAAGAUAUAGUUUAAUUUAUGAGUCAAAAAUAGAAAGAUUAUUACUAAAUUUUUAAAGAAUAUACCUUGAAAGUAAAAGCAUAUCAACUAAAAUUCUAUUUGAAGGUUUUUUUAUUUAUACAGGGACAUAAACCCAACGUUUCUUACAUUCUAAGCAAGCAAUCUAGCACUGACCUAUAGCCCCAUUUCUCUAUUAUGAAUCUUUUAAAGUCUUCACUGUGUUUCUGUGAAUAAUAAGCAUGAAAGUGUAUCAUUUCCCUUCAUUUCAGGAAUCAAAUAAAUGCUUGUCUAACAUACAAGGGCCCUGGGUUCAAUCCCCAGGACUGGAAAAAAAAAAAAAAAAAAGAGCAAGCAAGAAAGACAAAACUGAUAAUACUAGAAACAAUUUCAAUAACUAAGAUAAGAAUGAUUAAAGAUAUGACUACAGAUGACUACUAAGGGAUGGGUGAGGUGGUUUGGCAGGUAGCACUUGCUUCAAAACCAGAGCCACAUAGUAAAUGAAAGGAAUCGACACCCAUAAGUUGUCCUCUGACCUUCAUAUGCUCACUGUGGUACUUACAUGCUGACAGACAGACACAGGCAGGCAGGCAGGCAGGCAGGCAGUUUGACACACUCAUGCACAUACAGUGCACAUAUUCUCUCUCUCUCUCUCUCUCUCCCCUUCCCUCUCUGUCUCUAUGUAUCUCUGUCUCUCUCAGACACAUACCCUCUCACCCCCUCGCCCCCCCACACAAAAUAACAAUAGUAAAAUUUAUACGUAAAGAUAAAGAACAAAGUUUGCUUGCUUGCUCUUUUCCUUGGGGGGUAAAAAGGUGACUACAAUGGUCUUUGGUUUAGAAAUGGCUUUCUCUUACCUAAGACAUAUCAAACAGUAUCUGCUAUCUAUGAACCCCUCCUAGCACACAGUACCAAAACAAUAAACUACACUUCAUGGAGACCCCAAAGAUCACAGGAAACCUAACCCAUAAAAUACUUUCAAGAAACUUGCUUGGCCUUUCUUUCAAGUUUAAAAGUAGAUCUAAUCAUGUAAGAUUAUCUUGGUAGGUCCCUUAAAUAAUGUCCAAAAUCUCCAAGGAUAGUAAAGGCCAACCUAUUAAUUCUACGGUGAGGGGGAAUUCAUUUUUAGAUUACAGGUUUCUCACAAAAGUCCCAGUGCAAAACCUCUACUCCAAGGUUUAAAACUGACCUAUGGUUUGAAAGCCAAGGGUAUCCUUAUCAGGUAGAUGUAAAGCUCUGAACUUUGACAUGACAUAAACAACAGAAUUCCAACACAGUGAACAGGAGCUAGGGAGAGGCUCCAUGAGUGAGAGUACUUGCUCUGCAAUCCUGUUCAUAUCUUCAGCCAGCCUAGCCAAGAAGGUGAGUUUCCAGUUCAGUGAGAGAUCCCAUCUCUGGCUUCCCCAACACAUUCACAUGCUCCCAUUAAUUACACACACACACACACACACACACACACACACACACACACACACACACAAAACCAAGGGGGGGGUUACCUUUCAUUGUCAGAGAUGAGUUACAAAUACUGGACAAAACCCAACAGAUAAAGAAACAAAAAUGAUCAGGACCUAAGGAUACAGAAGUCUGUAAUUCCAGCUGCUGGAGGGUGAGGGGUCUUUGAGAAAGCUGAAGCAGGAAUAGUGAAUGUUCAAGACUGAGCUACAGAGUGAGUUCAAGACUAGCCUGGGCAACUAAAACCAAGACUAAAGAUACAUGUUAAUACUAGAGACCCAAGUCCUAUUCCCAGUAAAGCAAAAAAUAUAAUAAAAAAUAAAAAUAAAUUUAAAGGCCAGGCAGUGUUGGUGCACACCUUUAAUCCCAGCACAAGAGGCAGAGACCGAUGGAUCUCUGAGUUCGAGGCCAGCCUGGUCAACAGAGCAGGUUCCAGGACAGCCAGGGCUAUACAGUAAGGUGCUAUUCUCGAAAAACGAAAACAAAAAUUUUUAAAUAACUUAAAGCCCUGUUUGUGUCGAUUAGAAUUAGUGUUACUAAUAUUACUAAUAUAAUAUUAAUUUUAUAUAUUUUUGUUUUGUCCAUAGAUAUAAAUACAAAUAUGUGUUCAUAAAGACUCCUUGGAAAGCCUAGGGUAGUACCCCUAGAGAAGUAAAUACAAGUACCCAGGCACUGCUUCAGAACUACCAUUUUCCUCUUAAAAUAACCAAGGAGGGGCUAGAGAGAUGUUUCAACAAUUAAAAGUCCUUGCUACACAAAUCAUGAGGGCUGGAGUUCAGAUCCCAGUACCCACAUAACAAGUCAGGUAUCCUACACAAGCCUGAAACCUGUAAGCCCGUCCUAGCAGGUGCAAAUAGGAUUACUGAAGCUUGCUGGAUUCCAGCCUAGAAAAAAAAAAAAAAAAAAAAAAAAAGAAAGAAAGAAAGAAAGAAAGAAAGAAAGAAAGACACAAACAAACAAACAAGAGCUUCCGGUUCAGAGAGUAGGAUACCAAACAAGGAUACCUUCUGGUCUCUGCACCUGCACAAGUAAGCACUCCCACACACACAUAGAUCUUUACAAUAAUAACAAGAUAGUAGCAGAUUUGUUUGGAGCAUUUAAAAAGCAUAGUUACAUUCUAAAAUUAAUAUUUUAAAAAGCCAAGUGGAAGAAGUUCUCACUAGCUAAACAGAAACAAGAGGGCUAGGAGCACAGCUCUGUGGGAGUGAACUAGCCUACCAUGCUGGAUCACCAGCCCUGCACAAAAUAAUGAGCAUAAAAAUUAAUGAGACUGAAUUUUAACACUAUUAAUAGGAAGCUUUGACUCUAAAUAAAUAUAAGUAAAUUUAAAAUAUGAGGAAAAAUUUUUACAUGUUUCAAAACACCUAUCUUUAAAAUACUAAUUACAAAUAGAAAAAAAAAAUACUUUGAAAAAAGUAGGCAGUGGUGGCACAUGCCUUUAUUCCCAGCACUUGGAAUGAAGAGGCAGGAGAACCUCUAAAUUCAAGGCCAACCUGGUCUACAAAGUGAGUUCCAGGACAGCCAGGGGUGUUAACACAGAGAAUCUCCAUCUCAAAACGCCAAAACAAACAAACAAAAACUUGAAAGAAGUUUGGCAGUCACAACCUUUGUCACUUAAAUAGUGUGAGUAGUGGACAAGCUACAAUUACCUGGUACGAUGCCAUAAGAACACAAGAGAGCCUGAUAAAGAUGCUGAGAGUUAAUCCUAAAACUCUAAUUAUGAAAUCUGUAAGAAAUUAAUGCAAAAACAUAAGACGCUGAAAAUGAUGGAAUAGUCAACAAAACAAUGAAGCUUGCAGUUUUCAAACAUAUCAGUGCCUUGAAAGGCAGACACUGUUCCAAAAUGCAGGAGCAGAAUGACAAGCCGCUGUAACACAUAAAGACAACAAACAGGGUUUAGCAGGUAGUGUUAAAUUCGACCUCUGACAGUCUUGAUGCGAUUAUCAAAGCGCCUUCUUUAUAAGAAAGAAACAUGGGAGUAUUUCAGAGUGAUAAGGCAUCAGAUGGGCUAUUUAUUGCCAAACAGGUUAAAGAACAAAUAGAUUCAAUUUGUAUGUCUUGCCUCAAAACUUAAGACAAAGACUAGGGAUAUAAUUCAGGCAAAGACUAUUGUUGAGCUUCCUCAAAACUCUGGAUUUGAUUCCCAGUACCAUAUAAAACCAGUCCUGGGAACAAGUAAUGACGUGUGCCUGUAAGGACAGCACUCAGGAGAUGGAGACCGGAAGAUCAAGUCAUGUUUGCUACCAAGUGAGUUUUAGGUCAGUCUCUCACACACACUCAAGAAAAACCUCAAACAAGAGAAAAUUGUUCAAAAAGUCUGCAGCCAUUUUAAAAACCUGGGAAGAGUAUGUAUCUACAGAGUAAUCAGACUACCAAGGAUUGGGGAGGGAAGAGGACAUCAAAUAAAAUCAAACAGGCCUGGUUAUCCAGUCCCACAGCCUACAGUCAGUCACCUAAAGUCAGCCAUAGUCUAAAACUAUUUGAUAGGCAGUUCCAGAAAUGAACAAUUCUCAAGUAAAAUGGCACACUAUCCCUUUGUGCAGUGCAUCCACACUGUGUACACACCCUACCUAUCAGUCACGUCAUAGCCAUCUAGGGCAUCAAAUACAUGGCAGAGGUAUUUCAGUGCUAUUUUAUUUAAUGGGCUCAAAAUGUAAAUAGGCUAGUAAGACACACACACAUACACACACACACACACAUUUCCUUUUCAGAAAAAAAGGUACAAGUUCUUGGUAAUAAAUAUACUAAACUCCACAAUAAGAAUCCAUCUUAUGCCAGGCAGUGGUGGCUCACACCUUUAAUCCCAGCACUCGGGAGGCAGAGGCAGGCGGAUUUCUGAGUUCGAGGCCAGCCUGGUCUACAGAGUGAGUUCCAGGACAGCCAGGGCUACACAGAGAAACCCUGUCUCAGAAAAAAUAAAAUAAAAUAAAAUAAAAAAUCCAUCUUAUGGCCAGGGUAGUGGUUAGCAGUACACACCUGUAACCCCAAGCACUGUGAAAGCAGAAGCAGAGGAAUCAGAAGUUCAGGGCCAACCUCAGCUACCACAGUGAAUUCAGUUAGCCUAGGCUAUAGAACACCCUGUCUCCAAGUUAGCAACAAGGAAUGUUCCUUCUAUCUAUGAAAUUGUGAAGAUAUUUACAGUAGUUUUGUUAUCCCACCCUAAACAGCAAAGGUUACAGCCACUGGAGCUGGGGCUAGUCACCUAGUAGACUACCUGCCUGGCAGUAGAGGCCCUCAAAGCCAGUAUUUACCACUAAAAAAAAAUAAAAUAAAAAAAAAGUUACAACCACACUAUGUGGCAAGUGCUUAGUUAAGACGGAAAAGGCAUACAAUUACAGGGCUUGGUACUAUCUGUGGUUACAGGCAUCCACUCCACUAGGGCAGGUGCUGAAAACAAGCAUGAAAUGUAUCUCCAAAGAUACGAAGUUUCUUAAGCAAGGAUUAGGAGAAUUGCAUCUGAGCAGUCAGUCAGAUUGUAGACAAAAUUAUAGUAGGAUGUGCUGAAGCUCCGAUGUAGCUAUUUGUCCUGUGGGAAAGCUGGCAAGCCAGCAGGAUGCUGGACAGAGGAAGGCAUCUCCUGAAGAACAGGAAACACCUGUACCAAGAAGCCAAGCGAUCCACAUGUCCUGAAGCUGAACACACUAAUACAGCCCUCCUCCUCUAACAAGUACCAAGGCAAGAACAGCAAGUAUUCAUGUGCUGGGAAGACAGAUAGAUCAAUAAGGUACAGGGUAGGCCAUUAAUAAAAACUUUAUCCACUAGAAAAAAAAAGAAACAUAGUAUCUGAAGCAAGCCCAAAACCACAACAGAUCUACCAAGCACAAGAUCAAAUUUCAAGUAGAAAAUGGAAAAAAAAUAAUAAAAAAUUUAAUAACUCAGAGAUUCUAGAUUCUAGGUUAUAUGUAGACCAAAAUACUGCUGAACAAUAGCAACCAACCUCUUUGGAAAAAAAAAGUUCUUAGGAACUGUAUUUAAAAAAAACAAAAACAAAUUAUUAUGAGCUGAAAAACAAGGAGUGAGCUGGAAUAGUAAGUCUUAAGAGUCUGCCAUAACUCAGAAUACCCCAUAAAUAUCUACAAGUGUUGGAAAACAUUCUUCCCUUUCCUGGAAAUGUAACUGGAUGGGCUGAUUUUCUUCAUAUAUUUCAAUCAAAGCAACAUAUUGCAACAGAUGGAAAAAUCUGAUAUGAGAUUUGAGAUGCUUUACACUAAGCCCAACAUAAAACACUUGCAAAAAUGCAAAGCCAUCCUAUUUUUCCUUUAUUAUAGUCAGUUCUCCAAAUCCCUAAGUUCAACCACGGUGAAAAUACUCAGAGGGAAAUUGCAUCUGUAUUGAAUACAUACAGACUUUUCUUUCUUGUCGUUAUUUCUUAAACAAUGCAUCAUUUACUUAGUAUUUACGCUGGAUUUAGUAUUACAAGUCAUCUAACCUCAUCUUAAAGUAUUUCUAGUAAAUGGGCUUUGAGUUAUACAAUUAGAAUAUAUACAAUAUAAGGGACCUAAAUAUCCAUGGCGGGAAUUGAAACAAUCCACAUGUCACAACUGUAUUUGUUUUAGAAAAUAAUUUUUUUUUUUGCUAGGACAAUGUUAGCAGGCAAUGGUUUUUAAAUUUUAAUUUCUAACAAGAUUAGUAAUCUAUAGCUGACACAAACCCAAACUUGCAGAGGAUCUCAAUUUGUAGAAGUACUGGGAAUUCUAAGAUCAAAAUACCAAAUAAUCUUAAAACUGCUACUAUUUCUCACAAUCAUGCAUUAAUUACAACAGAGAGACUCAGCCAACCUGCAAAUGAAUGUAAAGUCAGUCCCAAAGCAAGCAGUUCAGACUACAGCUGGUCUGAGAUGACAAGGCUCAAUUCACAGCCGUUUCGCUUUACAAUGCAUAAAACUAAUACACACUCAGCAGAAGCUAUUUAAAACUGUGAUCACUUCGUUGUUUUUUUUUUUGUUUGUUUUUUAAUUUUUUGGUUUUUCGAGACAGGGUUUCUCUGUGUAGCCCUGGCUGUCCUGGAACUCACUCUGUAGACCAGGCUGGACUCUGACAUCUGCCUGCCUCUGCCUCCCAAGUGCUGGGAUUAAAGGCGUGUGCCACCAGUGCCCAGCUAAUUUUGAUCACUUCUUCAACCAGUAAUCCAAAGUAUGGUAUUUCUCAGAAGAAAAAAAAAAAGUAUCAGGAGAAUCAAUAAUACCCUAUAGUAAACUGGGUUGCCAAAGUUGUUUUGAUACAGGCACUCAAUACAGGAGAUACUGAACACCUGCUAUAAACUAAGCUUUGUGUGAGAUGAUUUUGCAGGAUUAGGAAGUGUUCUGAGCAUGGGUAAGGUAGUCCUACCUAAGCCAUCACACUUGGUAGGUGUGCUAAAAUGAGUACAUUCUUGAUUAGUUCCAGCUGUGAUCAGUUUGUCAGCAUGCAAUGCCGUCCCAUCAUAAGUUCAGAACAUCUGUACUUUCUAAGUUCUUCGAUCUUCUUUCCAUUUUCCCAUCCUCUCGCUGUAAUACUCAUCAGUCAUAAUUUCAUGGUGCUGUCAAUGUGCCUUUCUCAAUCCUUCUGGCACACCAAGAAGCCUAGAAUAGCUCACUAUGCACAAAGACCGGAAUAUGUGUGUCCCCAUGAAUAAACUUCACAGGCAUUAUUACACCUUAUUUUGAUUACACAAUGCAUUUUUGUUGUUUCCUAGGGUUUCUUAAAACAUGCUAUACAAUUAAACUCAUAGAUGGUACAGCUCACAUUGAGUAGGGUGCUAUUUCACUGUUUACUUUCAGAUGUUUUCUGUUCUCUUUCACACUAUCAUUUACAAUGCAUGUCAAGGACUUUAUGCAGUGGAACAAAACUGGAAGUGACAAAAAUAAUGUGGUAGAGUAGCAAUGCAAUUAUGGAUAGAGACAGACGAAUGCACACAACUGGAAAAGUCUGACUGCAGAGACACUGAGGCAGGAAAAGAAAAUCAAUGACACAGCAUAAAACAAAGUGGUACACUAAUAAACAUGAACAUGCCAUGGACACUGAGCUGGAAUGCAAACAUAUCAGAAUUAAACAGACUGAUCAAAUCGAUUCUUUUGUCUCAUAUUUCAAACACUUUGAGGAGAAAUGCAUGGCCUAAGGAACUUUGGAAAAAAGAGGCAAAGCAAAAUAUAACUAAAUUUUUGAUGAACAUGGAAAAAUAGGAUAAACCAGUACAUUAAUAAAAGAAAAAUAAAAAAAUUAAAGGAAUUAGAAGAGAGAGUUGAGUAAUGGCAGGCUUUAAAAUUAGGAAACCCAAGAGAGGAGAAAGAUAAACUGUAAACCUGAAAACUGGGAGUACAAUGAGAGUAGGUGAGACCAGUGCUGAGGAAGGAGAGAAUACGUGUGAAGGGGAAAUGAAAUUCCCCUAAUUCAAAUGUAGGUAGCUCAGAACAGAAUACAUAUAUACAUUUUGUACUCCAACAAAAAUAAUGUGCAUUCAAGAAUUAAUCUAUUAUGAACAGUUAAGAAAGUGUAACACUGCUGUCAAGAAAGGAAGUGAGAAAGCCAUUCAGUGUUGUGGGUCCUUGUUCAACAACAAACAAAACAGAAAAAAAAAAUGGAUGAAUAAGACAGAGUCAAGAUUAAAAUGGAAGCAACAAAGUAGGUGUAUUUAAAGAAACUCUAAAUAUCAACAAUUAUUAAGAAAUGCAUUUGCUAUCCAACUCACUAAAUUCUGUAUAAUCCCAAAUAGUUUGUAAAUAUUGACCUACUCUUUUCCUAUAAUAACAAGGAACUUAAACUCUAAAAUAAUAUUAUUGAUAAGCAAUUAUUUCAAAUAAAUGCCCAAAUAAGUACCUAAUUUUCUCAGGAUUUAAAGUAUGGUCCUUGGCAGAUGGUGUUUACUACAAAGCAUUUUUUAAAUGAAGAGUCAAAAAUAAAAAAAUAUAUAAAAUGUCUAAAACAACCAAAUUUCAGAAGUUUAUUACCAAUAAUAAAUGUAAAAUAUCCCUAUAGUUAUUACUUGGUUAAAAACAGCACAAUAAAAACUGUUUGCAUUCUUUAAUCUCUUGAAGCAUUUUAUACAUGACAUCAACAAUAACCAGCUUGUUCUUAAAUGGCAAGGAAUCACCAUAAUACUGAACCAGGAGAAGCUUUGAAAGCUUGUGGUUGUCUUCAUUACCAAGCCUCUCUAUGCAAUGCAGGCAAACACUCUGGAAAUAUUUUAUCUCACAAUUUUCCCUCACACAAUGCUGAAAAUAUAUAGAUUUUAAGGCCAUUCAGAAAGACUUCAAAGCACUGUCUUGUAAGUAAGAAGAAAUCUCUUUUCAAUCCGUUGCUUCAUUUUAAACAAGUCUCCAAAAAUAUUUGGCUUGAGAAUAGUAUAAAACCUAAAAUUCAUUAAGCUAAUUUGAUGCUAAAUUUACCCAAUUUUAACUGCAAAAUAAAUGCCUUGUUGAGGAAAAAUGGAAUCAAAGGUUCACAAAGGUGGAACAUCUCAUUUUUAACAUGUCAAAAUCUAAACACACUACUCUUUCAAAAAUAACCUACUUCCUUAAGGGGUGGGGGUGUUAAAUAGGUAUUUUCAAGUGACAAUACUUUAUACAAAACGGAAUGACACAAAAACAUCUUUGCAAGUGUUCAUUCUCUAAAAGACUUGCUCUAUUCAGGCUUUGAGGCUGGAGCCAAGUAGAAGCCAUAAAAGGGAAGCGAAGUUCAAUGUCAUUUAUUUUGUUUCCCUCUUUCAUAUGCUCAAGAUUAACCUCUUUUGCUGCCUAAUUAUACGUCCCCAAAUCAUAAAGUCCACCAGUCAUGCACUUUAAACUCCUUCAUAAAGCAAUCUGACUUUUAACAGGAAUAGCUUGAUGGCUCACAAAUCUCACCAAUAAAAUAAAAAUGAAAACAAAAACUCUAGAGACCAGGCCCUAAUAACACAACAACAUAAAUACUGGAACGAUUCUCCUUUUGAAAUGUACUUAAUGAAAGCCAAACAGCCAAGAACAAGUUGUGAGCUCACUUGAUCCUGAUCUUUAAAACCUACCUUUCUUCUUUUGAACUAAAGGAAGUCAACUCUUUUUCCUCAGGUUUCUGGUAAUUAUUCUGGUAAUAUCUGAUUAAACACCAAUUUAAGCUUAAGCUACAUCUACCUAUAGUUAAUAUUUAUUUAAAAUACAGUAUUACCUGUCACUUCCCUUACCACAAAAGUACUUGGAGGCAGGGGGAGCAAAUUAAACUUUAAAAGACACACACAAUUGAAACACUACUAAGGGAAAAGACAGCAGGGUUUACUGCAACCAAAAUUAGUUCUACCCAUAAAGAAAACUCCAUCGGUUCAGAAGCGUCCCUAGGUCUGACUGGUGGAAUGUCUGCCAUGCUUCACGAAUUCCUGCCCGAACAGUCCGUACCUAUCACUUAUUAGGCAGAAGCAAACAAAAACAGAUGGGCCAACACACAUACAACUGCAAAACAGCGCCGCUUUUUCCGCACAGUGUGACUCUUCUGAAAAUUUUAAGGGUUUUAUUUCGCUUCCCUUCCAGUGUUGUUCCUAUUCGGAACUGCAUACAAGUCCUGACCAAUCAACUACUUGCAGGUGUUUGGCGUUUUGUUUUGUUUUUGUAGCCAUAUCCUUCUCCGUCCUCAUCCCUAAUCUUUACGACAUUCUGUUUCCUAGAACGCCAGUUUCAAGAAAAAUCUAGCAGCUACUCUUCAAUCAAGUAACCAAACAAGCACUGUUAAGCUACUGACUGAAAAGAACGCACGACUUACUACUACUACAAGCGGCGCCUUCGCUGUCCAGAAAAAGCAAUCGGGAAUGGCAGGCAGCCGGUUUCUAAAGUCCAAAGAACCAGACGUGUUCUACCGAAACGACCUCCGCGUAGGAUUAACGCGAAAACCAAAACAAUCGGCACCAACAUAAACAAAUGUGGCAGCCAUCUCAGGGAGAGGGAAUCAAUCUCUCCCCGCAGCCAGAAGACUCAACUUUCUUCGGAAACAAAAGUUGCCAGCCUCAGCAACUUGAUAUACAAUGUAUACGUCCCGGAGCACUAAAACUUCUGGCCCUCCUGCUCAACAAAGGAACUCUUUCUUCCGAUGGCUGAAAAACUUUUCGUCCCACCGCAUUCUUACAAUCCCCGUCUUAAAAAGAAAGGAAUCCAGACGGUAGACGGGGCGAGGGGGAGAAAUCAGUUCUACUAUUCGGCGGCUAAAAUGCCAAGGCACGGGAGAAAGAAGGGAGACGAGUCGGGCAGAGCGAGGUGGACUAAAGUACCGUCGCUUCCGGCCCACGAACUUGGCUCGACGCUUCCCGUAAAAGAAAGAAAAAAAAAGAAAGAAAAGAAAUUACCUCUCAGGGUGUCUCAGGGCAGCCGUCCCGAGGCUCGGCUUGACAUGGUUCCCUGCCCUUCCUCAGUGGCUCCGGGCCCCGCCGAGGCUCCCGUGAGGACGAGGCGGAUGUGGAGCUGCCGCCCGGCCGGCCGCAGCAGUGCGGCUGCUCCGGUGGGGGCUGGGGUGCGGGCUGGCUUCCUGCUCGCGACUUGUGUCAGGAGUUUCCCAGCCCCGGCUCGCUUCUCCGCCGAAGGAAAAAACUUUUCACUCGUGACACCGCCCGGAAUUGCCGUGCGAAACUCACUUCCUGCCUGGGUGAAAAGCAGGCUCCAGCUCGGGGCCCGGGAACCCGGAACCCCGGGGUGGCGCGCCGCGCCGCCGAGGGGGAGGGGACGGCGCCCGCCCCGAGCCGCGGAACCUCGCGCGGCCCACGGGGGGCGAGGACGCGGAGCUCGGCCGGCCUGGGCCGCACUAGGCCUCCGCCCCCACAGCCGCGCCGCGCGGGUAUUGUCUCGAGUGCGCCGGCCGCGCCCUGCGCCCGCCCGGCCCCCGCCGCUCCGAGCCGGAGCCGACCGGCCGCGCAGGCUGGAAGGCGACCGUCCGUCGGGCGGUCCGACCGGCCGGCCCUGUCUCUGCCACUCGCGCUCGAACCCUCCGGGCUUCCCGCCGCCGUCCCUGCGCUCUCCUCCGUCCUCUUUCCCUGCGGUCGCGGCCGCGGCGGCGCGGUCUCCUCGGGAGCUCGCGGGCCCGCGCCGGGGGCCCAGGCUGCGUCGCGCGCCGCCGCGCCACCUUCACUCUCGAGCGGGAGACGGAGAGGGGAGGCGAGGCGGAGGAGAGAAAGGAGGAGGCGGACCCGGGCCGGGCCGGGGUGGAGGGAGUUUCUGCUUCACAGGCCUCGGCGGCAACAGCGCCACCGCCCCGGCGGCUAAGGGGGCCGAGGCUGCGCGCGGCGGCGGCGGCGGCGACGGGGGCGGGGCGGGCUCCCGCGGGGGCGCCCCAACCGCCCACAGCCAGGCGAAGGCCGGCGCGAGCCAGUCAGCGCGCACGGGGUCUACGCGGUCGACGUCGGCGGCGGGGGGCGCGGGCCGGGGGCCGCGGGCCGGCGGGGAGGCGCGCGGCGGGAGGCCCGCCACCCACCCUCCCGAGGCCCGGGCCGCCGGGCUCCCCUCCGCCCCCCACGACCCCGCGAGGCCUCCGCCGCCCGGGCCGAUCGAGUUUCUUUGUACGACCGUAAUUGGUGCAAAGAGGUUGUUCGAGUGCAGCCCCGAUUUCCAGGCAGCAGGUAUCUCUUUCAGCUGCAGCACUCCGACGCCUCUAAUGGCACGCUCAGGUUGCAGGAAACCACCGCCGCUGCUCCGUGCAGCUUCUUCCCACGCCGGGCCGGCCUCCGAGCUUGCUGCAAGCGGCGACGCGGCCGGGGGCCCCUCCGAGGAGACAAAGCUGGUGCUGGGAGGCGGGGAGCGUGGCCCGCGAAAUUGCCUCAAGACGGUGCCUUUGUUAGAGGAAACAUUGGAUGCACUCCGAGCGCCGCGAAGCCUUCCAGCCCCUACGCUUUCGGGCGUGCAGUCGUUCAGUCAGUCGCGCUGGCCCUGGUAGUUCUGCCUGGCAGGGUUUGCGUUUAUUGCAGAGAGAGACUUAAGCAUUCUGUCAACACAUAUGGCUUAGAAAGCUUCAACCAUAACAUUGCCGUUUUUACAGUUACUGCUUUAAGUAUGUUAGCAGACAGAACAUCCUUGUUUUACCCGAGGGAAUGGAAUAGAUUCUGGGCAAACCAUCGUCCACCCCCACUCUGCUGUAUUAACUAUGCACAGGGAUGGUAAUUAGCCUCUGGGUCCUUCAAGCCACUGGUUCAGUUCUUCCGUCUGUAGCCCAGAGAUAAUUAUUCAUCACCAACUUUGAAUAAAAAGCUAUAUGCCUUACAGAUGAGUUUUGGCUUGCAUCCAAGGGAAAGAGUUCACGAAGUCCACCAAAGAAUUAUUUACUAAAGUUGAGUUCUACGCCAGAGACAAAUACUUGGAAUAAUUCCAAAGAUAUUCAAAUCAUUUUGAAUUGAAGUGGAAGCAUUUUAACUACACCCAAAACUGCUAGAAUUAACUAACACGAGCGUUAGAUUCUUAGCCCGUAGAGGACAGUGGUACCAGGGUUUCAGAGCGGUCUCUGAAAAACAUUCGAUGACAGCCCCGGGAAUGGCAGAACUGGUCAUUUCAUCUUGGGAAUCUAUUUUAUACUAAUAGGGAUCUUAGCCAUUGUAUAUUUUAAAAACGGUGUAUUUGUACAGACUGUUUCAACGGACAUGAGAACGUUUUGUUUUACACCAUCUUUGGAAAAUGUUUGGAGUUUGAUCAGAGCUCAAUGGCAAGGCUAUGAUCAAAAGGUCUCUAUCCUAAAGUGUCCUGGAUGAAGCAGCCUCCAUCCAGUGAGAUCCCUGUUGACUCCUGGGAUUCCAGUACUACUGCAUCCUGUAGCUUUAGACCCUACUAAAUGUAACUGCCUAUGUAGUUUAGUAGUAGAAACCAUGCCCUGGGUUUGAUCUCCAGCACCAUGUGAGGAAAGGGAUAGUAGGAUAGAUUGAAACAAACCUAACCCCAGCCUAAAUAACAGGAAACCCCCAACUCUAGGUUAAAACUUGCCCUGGUCCUAGCCUUUUUUAAUGUAAAUUCCUGCUGGGGACUAUUGUGACUACCACUCUGACUAAAAGUCGCCAUAACUCACCUGAAAUUCUGUCAGUCGCACUUAUUCCCUCGGGGUUUAUUUCUCUAGAGCAAAGCCAUAAUCGCAGGAAAGGUAAUAUUUUAAGCCUUAACAGUAGUCAUUUAUACCUAAUUCAUCAGAUUGAUCUCUAAAGCAGCUUUUAGUGGAAGGAGAAAACGAAGAUAGCAUAUGUCGAUGCUGAGUGAAGAGAGAAUGAGCCUCACUCCUUAGACAGUACAGAGAACAGGAAUACAGGCGACAGACGGUCCCCAUUCGACUGUUACCGAAGUUCUGAUUAUGCUGGAGAAUGAGCCCCAAGAAUGGUGCAUGUUUUACUAUGUCCUGUACAGCUGAGGCAGAGCUAUAAUAACAUUGCUCAUAAUUUUAAGGAAAAUGUUCUACUAGUUCAUGUGUUUGAAGUCGGGAUCCACUUUGCCUAUUUGGACAAAUGUUUCUUUAAUAAACCCUUAUGAAGUGUU